AUUAAAGUGACGAAUUACGUAUCUACAUUAUUAGUAUUAAAAAUUUAAAAAAUGUCACCAAGUAUCCCAGACAGGUGGAUUCCGUACAAAGCUUUUGGAAAAGUAAUUGAAGGGACACGAAUAAUAUGCUUCAAAGUACCGUUAAGAAAGGUCGUGCAAAAAAACAGCGUUGUUGCAAUAAAGGACAUAUGGGACAUUAAAGCGCUUUUGAAAGCUAUUCCAAAAAUGGGGGCAGUCAUAGACUUAACGAAUACAGCGAAGUACUACGAUCCAGGGGAACUGAAGUCAAACGGUAUUUUAUAUAAGAAAAUUUUAGUGCCAGGACGCCAAAUACCACCGGAGGAAAGCGUCAAUGUGUUUAUGGAGACCAUGGAUUAUUUUCUCAAGAAAAAUGAUGACUGGCUGGUUGGUGUUCACUGUACACAUGGCUUAAAUCGAACAGGCUACAUGGUAUGCCGGUAUAUGCGCGAUCGUCUCGGAAUACCCGCUAAGGAAGCAAUAGAAAAUUUUGAGAUAGCGAGGGGCUAUCAAAUAGAAAGAGACAACUUCAUUGCUGAUCUUCUAGGUAAAAGUCCACCUCCACCUGAUCUAGGAAAAGAAACGAAUGUAAAACCUGUAGAAGAAAAAUAUUACGUUAAAUCGAAAUCAGUAAGCAGAAACGAAGAACAAGAAAAAUACCCACAAAAAAGAACUCUCAACAGAAUUACAAGUAGGGAUAGUGAUAAAUCUAGUAGGUAUCAUAGUUCUAAAAAAAUGAAACGAUCACGCAGUAUUUCAAAAUCAAGUACUUCAUCUUAUGAGUUUGACUACAGAUACGAUUAUUAACGGCUACUUGGUGAAAAUAGUAAAGUUUUGUAACACGUGAUGGGUAUAAAAUUUAAUGUACUUUAAAAAAAAGAACAAUGUGAAGUAGAUAAUUAUUUUCAAUUGUAAAGUGGGAUUUAUUUAUAGCAUAAUUAUAUUAUUUGAAGUACUGUAUAUUCGAUGAACUCAUUUGUAUCAUAAAUAAUUGUGUUUCCUCGCAAACGAAAAGAA